AUGUUUACAAUUUUGUCACAAAAAGCACUUUUAUGGUCUUUGAUUUUGUUAGUGUGUCACUUUGCUAUCUCAUGCAAAGCUAACCAACAAAGUGAAUAUCUCUACAAGCUUAUUCAAUCAAAGAAGUCUCAAGAAAAGGAUUUUUCUUCACAUGAAGAAGCUUAUUAUUUAAGUGAUUUUAGUGAUGAAUAUGUUUCACAUGAACAUGAUGUUGAACAACAACUAAGGUUGAAGGAAGCUGAUAAGGUUAAAGCUUUACCUGGUCAACCAAAAGGAGUGGAUUUUGAUCAAUAUGCAGGCUAUAUAUCUGUGGAUGCAAAAGAAAAUAGAAAACUUUUCUAUUACUUUGUGGAAUCACCUUUGAACUCUUCCACAAAACCUCUUGUUCUAUGGCUCAAUGGAGGACCUGGAUGUUCUUCAUUCGGGUAUGGAGCCAUGCAAGAAUUAGGACCUUUCAGAGUCAAUAGUGAUGCAAAGACACUUUCUCUUAAUAAACAUGCAUGGAACAAAGUUGCAAAUGUUCUCUUCUUAGAGUCACCAGCAGGAGUUGGAUUUUCUUACUCAAAUAAUACAUCAGAUUAUAAAGUUGGUGAUAAAACCACAGCAAGAUAUUCUUACAUUUUUCUUCGAAAUUGGUUCAAAAGAUUUCCACAGUAUAAAACUCGAGAUUUCUUCAUAGCUGGUGAAAGUUAUGCUGGCCAUUAUAUCCCUCAGCUAGCUCAUGUUAUUCUCUCAAAAAAUAAGGGGAAAAAAUCUCUCGAAAUCAUCAAUUUGAAAGGAAUCGCGGUUGGAAACGGUUGGAUAGACGACAAUUUGUGUUCUAAGGGAAUGUAUGAUUAUUUCUGGACGACUGCUUUAAACUCUGAUGAAACUCACAAUGGAAUUCAAAAACAUUGUCACUUUAAGAGCUACGAUGAAUCAGAUGAAUGUGAUGAAUAUCAAAAUAUAUCUUAUAAUGAAGUUGGAAAUAUUGACAUUUAUAACAUAUAUGCUCCAGUAUGUAAUACAUCUACAACAGAAACUAGUCCCUCUGAAAAUAUUUUUGACCCUUGUUCUGAUGAUUAUACCACUUCUUACUUAAAUCAACCUAAAGUUCAAGAAGCUCUUCAUGUUAAAGCCACAAAAUGGUCACCUUGCAGUAAUGUGCUAAAUUGGACCGAUAGUCCAACAAGUAUUCUACCAACUAUAAACGGGUUAAGAUCAAGCGGAAUAAGUAUUUGGUUAUUCAGUGGUGAUACAGAUGGUCGUGUCCCCAUAACCUCAACAAGGUAUUCGAUAAACUCUUUAAACCUACCAAUACAUACAGCAUGGCGUCCAUGGUACAAUUAUAAAGAGGUUGGAGGAUAUUUGAUUGGUUACAAAGGACUUACACUUCUAACUGUUAGAGGAGCUGGGCAUAUGGUUCCAAGUUACCAACCACAAAGGGCACUCACCAUGAUCUCAUCUUUCCUUCAAGGAAAACUUCCUCCUAAAUCAGACUCUUAA